AGCGGCCGGGCCGGCCAUGAAGCUGUGGCGGGGAGCGCGGCGGGCGGCUCUGGGCCUGGCACUGCUGCUGCUCCUCGCGCCGCCCGCGCGGGCCGUGGAACCCAUCAGCCUGGGCUUGGCGAUCGCCGGGGCCGCCGCCUCGGCCCUUACCGGCAUCAUCUCCUACCCGCGGCUCUACUGCUACUUCAGGGAGUGCUGCCUCCAGCGGCACGAGCAGCGCGUCGCCGCCGCGCUGCAGGAGAGCCUGGACAGGAGGCUGUUCGGACAGCACCUGGUCAGCAGGGUGGUGGUCAGGGCCGUGCGGGGAUUCCUCAGCAACGCCCAGGCCAAGAAGCCGCUGGCGCUGUCCCUGCACGGCUGGACGGGCACCGGCAAGAACUUCGUCAGCAAAAUCAUCGCCGAGAGCAUCUAUAAGAGGGGGCUGAAGAGUAACUAUGUCCAUCAGUUCGUGGCUACGCUGCAUUUCCCUCACGCUCACAGCAUCAACCUCUACAAGGACCAAUUGCAGUCAUGGAUUCGAGGAAAUGUGAGCAUCUGUCCCAGGUCAAUUUUCAUAUUUGAUGAAAUGGACAAAAUGCACGCAGGACUCAUUGAUGCCAUCAAGCCAUUUCUGGACUAUUAUGAGCUUCUGGAUGGAGUGUCGUACCGACAAGCCAUCUUCAUAUUCCUUAGUAAUGCAGGAGCUGAAAAGAUAACAGAGGUGGCACUCGAUUUCUGGAGAAAUGGGAAGGCAAGGGAAGAUAUACAGCUUACAGACAUGCAGAACGCACUGUCUGUGUCUGUCUUCAAUAACAAAAAUAGUGGAUUUUGGCACAGCACCUUGAUUGAUAGAAAUCUCAUUGACUACUUUGUUCCCUUCCUGCCUCUGGAGUACAAACAUGUGAAAAUGUGUGUCAGGGUAGAGGUCGAAUCCCGUGGCUAUGCUGUGGAUGAAGACAUUUUAAGCAGAGUAGCAGAUGAGAUGACCUACUUCCCCCGAGAGGAGAGGAUUUAUUCAGAUAAAGGAUGCAAAACUGUGGAUGCAAAGCUGGAUUAUUACUAUGACUUAUAAGGCUUUAUUGCUACAACCUGCAAAGGAGCAAAUUUAACUUAAUCAUGAAGUGGAGAACCCGGGACAUUUCAUUUGUAAGCACUUUUUAAAGGAAGGAACAUUGUUUUAACUGGUAUGUAAAGAAGCAGCAGCGCCUCUGCGUUUUUAUUCUGUCGCUGAUCACGGCUCCCAGGCACAUCAGCGUUGUGCCAUCAAGGUAAGGAAGAGCUGCAUUGUGAACUGAGGGCUCUGAUGGUGCUGAAGACUUCUCCCACGUGCUGUGGAUCAGCAGAACCCCAGGGCAGGCUGUUGGAAGGAAUAGUAGGACUGAGGGUAUGGCCAAAGUGUAAUUGUUUGGGUUCCUGGGUGGCCUCUUGGCAAUGUAGAGAAUCAUGAUUGAAGUCCUUGUUUGUGAAAGCCUUCAGUGGGCUCGUGAAGAAGCAUUCCUCUAAUGGCAUGACAAGCAGGAGAUGUGUAUUUUCUCAGCUAGCUUGGCUCCAGCAAAGGGAAGAGCAUAUUGUGUAAUUAGUAUAUUGGUAUUGCACAGCAUUGGAAAGAAUAUCUUUCUCAAAAUAGCCAUAAAAAUGGGCUUUCUUUGAGUCAGAGUUAAGAAUAUAAAACUCCUUGGUGUCAACAGAGUUCAUUAGGAGGACUUCAGUAGAGAGAGGAAAUGAGUUAAGAAUCCCUGUCUGUCUCCUCACUGUCAUUGGUUCCAAUUUUGGGUUAUUUCUUUGUUGCCUACCAUGUGCUCACCUAGCUGUGAUCUUCCUAGGAGGAGAGCAGUGUGCUUUGUGCCUGUUGAGCUGGCUCCAGGGAAAGGGUGUGUAAUGGGAAAUGUGUGCAGGUUGAUUUUACACCCAGGAACUGGAAAAGAGAUUUCUCCUCCCUGACAUAGAGAAUUCAGAAGGCAGCUUGCAGGGUUUUCCCUUCUUCCUGUUCUCACAAUGCUGUAUGCCUUUGAGGUUUGGGAUGAAAAUGGAUCCAAAUGCUUAUGGAAAAGCUGUGAAAUACAUCACCUGAAGUUACUGCAGCCUGUCAGGCUUCUUUCUGAAUGUGAGCACUGCAAAACCUUCUGCAUUCCAGUUUCUUCUCCCAAUAAAUUCUUCCCAUCAGAAAUGUGUUUCUGAGCUGCCUUCUGCUGUUCUUUGCAUUGUGUUCUGAUGUUAAUUUCUUACCCUGACCCCUCAUUGAGAAAGAACAUGCGGUGUGGCUGGCUGAAGCCAGGUGAGUGGAGCACCCACGUUUUCAGAAGCAGCAUCAUGAAGUUUUCCCCGUGAAGAAAUUAAAAAAGAAGCAGCUGUGAAGAUUUCAACAUUGCAGUUCUGCUCUGAAGUUGGGUAACACGCCAAUUAACUUAUCAGUCCUAGAAUUGGUCAGCAAACACAUGCUCUGAACUCAGGUACUUAUCUUCCCUUGGCUUUAUGAUCGCAGAAAAUGACGAGUUAAUGGAAAAAAAGCAGACAUGGAAAUGAUAAACUUUUACUACUGUCUGGUACCUUGUCAUCAACAGAAGCAGCUCAGCCAAGCAGAGCCGGAGCUCGUCCAGCCUUAAAUGUGCUCUUAGCUCUGCUCCAUGUGCUACAGCAGCAUCAAUGGGUGCAGUUGUCAGACACUGUAGCAGUAGUUUAUUGUAUCAUAGCCCUGGGUGGUUUAGGGUGAAUGGGAGCUUCCUCCAGAGGAUGCA